AUGUGCGGUCCCAUUCACAAGACCGCCCUUUCCGGUGCGAAACUUGCCAUAAGGCGUUUGGUCGACAGUAGGUUUGCCCAAGACCUACUCAAGAGGCACAUGUCCUGCCACGACCCGAGCGAACGACGCGGCAAGCGACAGAGGCGACACCAGAACCAAGGCCCGCGCGUCUCUCAGGCCUGCAAGGCGUGCGCGGCCGCCAAGCUGAAGUGCGACGAGAAUCCGUCAUGCAGCCGCUGCCAGCAGAGAGGCAUCCUCUGCCAGCGUGAGUCCCGAACAAUGGAUAGACUGAUGGCGGUUGCGGACAGUCCGUCAGCAGGCGCGCAACCCGCAUCGGCCAUUAGCCCGCCCUGCACCGAAUCCAGCAAAAUCACCAUGACCCAGAGUAGCACCGACGGCCACAGCACCACCACGCCCACCCCCGACGGGAACCCUUCCCCUCUUUUCUCUAUCCCUAGGUCCCCCUCAACACACCUCCAUCUCGGCCUCGGCCAACCCGCCACCCUCGCCGAACACGAUUUCUCCAGCUUCCUCCGCGAUGUCGUCACCGCCGUCGAGCGCCCCGCGACCACGACCGUCACGACGACCGCCCACUUCGGCACUCUCGACGAGCCAGACUUCGACACCGCGCAGGCCCUCCACGGCCUGCUCGACUUCACCAUCGACGGCGACUUCGGCUUCGAGGACGUCGCCAUGGGCCUCUCCAACCUACCCACCAGCCCGUCCCACUACUUCGCCGCCAUCCAGCCCCUCAGCUCCGCCUCCGCCACGAACAGCAGCCACCCGGGCGCCCCCGGCCCCGGCCACCAGCAGAAACACAUCGCGCUCGGCAUCGAAGCGCCGGCACCGGCAUCGAGAGCCUCUCCGCGCUGGGGCCCAGCCCCCGAGUCCUUCAACGUGCCCCAGUUCGAGCCCGACCAAUCCCUAGCCGACAAGAAGAUCCCCGUCACCGCGCGGGACGAGAUCCUCUCCAUGGUCCUCAGCAACUGCCGCCCCGAGAAAAAGAGGCUCGUCACCAAGGCGUUCCCGGCCCCGGCCCUGCUCGACACGCUCAUCCGCGCCUUCUUCUCCUACCACCGCUACGAGGUCGACUCCUUUGUCCACGAGGCCUCCUUCAACGUUAGCCAGCAGAGACCCGAGCUCCUCGCCGCCAUCAUCUCGUCCGGCGCCACGCUGACCGACUCCAAGCUGCUGCACACCGUCGGCUUCGCCAUGGAGGAGACGCUUCGCUCCUCGCUUCGCCAGGUGUGCGAGGAGGAGAACGCGGCCACGCGCAAGUUGUGGGUCCUGCAGGGGUUCACGUGCCACCUCGAGGUCGGCAUCUGGAGCGGAAUCAAGCGGAAGAUUGAAAUUUCCGAGAGCCACCGACAACACCCAUAUACGCAGAUGCUUCGCCGCGCAGGCAGAUUCAACGCCGCCAGCUACCACCCCGCCCCGCCCCUCCCCAGCGACACCGGCGCCCUCCUCCACCAGAAAUGGCACGCCUGGGUCGAGCACGAGAGCUUCAACCGCAUCUCCUACCGCGCCUUCAUCACCGACACCCAAGCCAGCGUCGCCCUAUCCACGAACCCCCUCAUCUCCUUUGCCGAGAUGAAGACCCCCAUGCCCACCUCGCGCCACCUAUGGCUAGCCCGCAGCGCCGAGGAGUGGAAGGCCGUGUACCUUAGUCUGCCGCGCGCCCCCACCACGGCCAGCCUCGUCGACUACAUGAACGCGCCCGCCGACUUCGACACCUGCUACGACGUGCACUUUUGCCAAGUCAUCGUCCUCUGCGGCUCCUGGGGCAUGUUCUGGCACUACCACCAGCUCCGCGACGAGCUCCCCGCCCGGCCCGAGGCCGCCCUCCUGCUCGAGCUGCUCUACAUGCACCUCCACAUGCCCUUUCAGGAAGUCGAGCUCUUCGCCGGCAAGGGCACCCUCGACGACGCCCGCAGGGCCCUCCCCGUCCUCCGCGGCUGGCUCGAUAACGAAGAGUCCCGCAGGGCCGUGUGGCAUGCCGGCCAGGUCCUCCGCGCCGCGGCCACCUUUCGCCCCAUGCACCUCCGUGCCUUCUUUGCUAUCGGCGUAUACCAGGCCGCGCUCACCAUUUGGGUCUACAGCAUCGCUCCCCAAAUCAAGGGAGGCAGCGUCGGCAUGGCCAACGCCGCCGCCGCCGCCGCCGCUGCUGCUACUACUGCUGCCCCCACGCUUCAUCAGCCGGGGAAGCCGGACCUGUGUGUCAUUCGCCCCGGCGGGUCACAUGCGGACAUGAUGCCACCUAUCCCCUUGACCGACCAGGAGUCCAUCGUCAACAUGGUGCAGGAGACGCUAAACGACAAUUUCCAGGGGUGCGACGCUCUGCCCCCGCUUGUGGAGAACCUUAACCUCCUCCUCCACAACCUUGGACGGGCAGCCACUAGUAUCAAGACCUGA